UGUCAACAAAGCGGAACAGCUGAUAAGUUGUCAAUUAUAUUGUAAUGUAAAUUGUAAUUCUCUCACUUCUCAAUUGUAAAUAAAUAAAUCUGAAAUAAAUAAAAAGAGAAAUAAUAUAAAAUGUAUACCGAAGUGGAUGUUUUUGUGUCGAACUACACACUUAUAGACCCAGAGAUAUAUCAGUUAUGGAUAGAGGGAUGUUCAUCAAGUGAAGCAGUGUCGACGCUCCACCAGCGCGCCGCGGUGAAGCAGACCGGCGCCACUGUGGAGCUUAUAGCUAGCGAUGUGCUCGACCAUUAUAGGACAUUUGCCUUGUUGGAGCGUCUACUCACAGUGCCGUCGAAACUGUCAGAGCAGAUGAUCUUCCAGAUAGAUGAGCCCACUAAACAGAUGCUUAUUGAGAAAUACUAUGAAUUGGACGAUGCUGUGAUACGAGAACUACUCGGAAGGAAGCUAUCGUCGCGGCACAGAAAGGAUUUAGAUGAGGUGUCGGACCGUUCUGGCGCGCCGCUGCGCUGCUGCCGGCGGCAGUUCGACAACGUGCGGCGCGUGUUCAAGGCGGUCGAGGAGAUGCCCGGCAGCGUCGUCGCCAACGUGCGCGCCACCUUCCUCAUCUCCGAGCCGCUCGCCAGAAAGUACGGCGCCGUGGUGUUCCUCGCGUGUAUGCGCUUCGAGACGACGAAGAGGAAACUGCAGUAUUUGUCGUUCAACGACUUCUUCCAUUGCGCACAGGCGAUAAUGGGCAGCUGGACGUACAGUUGCACGGGCCCGGAGUACUACGACACGGAGAUGGACCGCGAGUUCCUGCUCGAGCUGCGCGACCUGCGCAUACUGCUCGACAAGGAGAAGGAGCACAAGCAUUUGAUCUGCAUGCGGUUGAAACCGAAGCUGUUGGAAAAGUCAUAUCAGGAACUGGAACUUAAUUUUAGAUUGUACACACGUGCACUGGUGGGUGUUGCGGUGAACUUGCAUCGCGCGAGGGAACUGCGCUCGCUGUUCGUAGAUCUGCUUGAGAGAUGUAUAGAGCCGCUGCGUCUGGGCAGUUGGCCGAAGACCGACCUGGCGCAGUUCCUCUGUGCGUACGAACAGUGCGCUCUGCAGAUGGAUGUGCUUAGGGAAGCGGACCUCAAGUCGGUGUGGGAGCGCUACAUGCGUGUAGUGAGUCAGUGCUUACUCACGAUGUAUCACACGUAGUGUUAAAUACACAGACAGACGGACAGGUUUUGCGUGUUUUGUAUUUGUGUCGCGUAGGUAUAUGGAUGAUUUUGUUGAGAAUUUCAUUGACCAAACCUAACAAAUAUGAUGAAAUAAAAAUAAAUACUAAGAGAAUAUACAUUUGUUAUAUGUUUGUUAUAGACGAAUACACAUUAAAAUAAACAACAAAGGUAAUGAACUAUGUUUGUGCACUAAUUAGGCCUGCCAUUCAGUGUAAGAUGACUGAUUUGUCAGUGGAUGCUAGUGAAUAGAAUCAUUUCGUUGUUUUUGUUAGGUUCAGUUUUGUUAAAAAUGUCAUAAGAAGUAUUAGAGCUAGCGCGCAAGAGCAACUUUUGUCUCGUUCACUAUUGAGUCUCUCCCAUCAAC